AUGGUUCGCACUACAACUCUCGGCGGCUCAGCCAAGGGCGUCACUGUCGCUAAAGUCGGCACUGGACUCAUGAUGUUGUCUUGGAAUCCCGCGCCCAAUGCUGACGAUCAAGCCUUCGAAGCGAUCAAGGCUGCCAUCGACAGUGUACCUGCCGGAGCCAAGAUGCUUCUGAACAGCUCCCAGUUCUACGCGCGAGAUUUCGGAACCGCAAACCUCGAGCUCUUAGCCCGCUUCUUUGACAAGCACCCUGGUUAUGCGGACAAGGUUUUCUUGAGCGUCAAGGGUGGAACCAAGCCGAAUAGUCUCGUGCCCGACGCAUCCCCUGAAGGACUCCGCACCUCUAUUGAUCUGUGCGUCAAGGCCCUUCGUGGCACUAAGAAGAUCGACCUCUUUGAGAACGCCCGCGUCACGCGUGAUACGCCUCUUGCAAAGCAAUACGAAGUCCUCAAGGGUUUCGUCGACGAGGGCCUGAUUGGGCACAUCGGUUUGUCGGAGUGCAGCGCCGCGACUAUCCGCGAAGUCAAAGGCCUCGUGCCUGUCGCCGCCGUUGAGAUCGAAGUCAGCCCAUGGAGCUAUGAGGAAGAGACGAAGAAGGUGAUCGCGACUUGUGCUGAGCUCGGCGUUGCCGUCGUCGCGUACUCGCCUCUUGGCCGCGGCUUCUUGACCGGCGAGAUGGCUAAACUCUCCGAGGAUGAUAUGCGCAACCGUCUCUCACGCUUCCAGGGUGAUAACUUCAAGAACAACUUCAAGCUUGUCGAAGCUCUGAAGGGCGUCGCGGAGAAGAAGGGCAUUACCGCCGCUCAGCUCUGCCUCGCGUGGGUACAAUCCCUCGGGGAACAUGUUAUCCCUAUCCCUGGCUCCAGCAAGGCGUCGCGCGUCAUUGACAACAUCAAUACGAGCGAGAUUCAGUUCACGGCCGACGAGCUUGCGGAGAUUGAGAGGAUCUUGAAGGAGAACCCGGUCUCGGGCGGCCGGUAUGUUGAUGGUGUACCAGACAACGUUUUGCAUCUUUGGGGCUGA